AUGUUAGGAUCUUAUCAAUUAUUAGUACUCAUCAAAUUAAUUCUCUUCGAGGCACUCGGACUAAUGUGUAUUGAAGACGACUCAUUUCGUCGUUAUCGUCGACUACGUUCUUUGAGUGACGGUAAUAGUUUAUCCGGUACUCCAUUUAUCAUUAUUUCUGUAUCAGUUGAUGAUUAUUUUGCUGUUCUAAAUUGUUCGACACCACAACGAGUAUCACAUGAUAAACUUGAUUGGUAUUUUCAAAAACGUGCUUCUUUAACAUCACCUCGUGUUAUUUGGCAACGUGGUCGUUCAAAUAUUCAUCGUUAUUCAGCUUAUUCACCUGAUCAAGUUCAACAUUAUUUACAAAUAAAAUCAGUCAAUUAUAAUGAUAGUGGUACUUAUAUUUGUAUUGAUCAAACAACCGGUUUUUACGACAAAGUAGAACUUAUCGUUCGCGACAGUCGCAGUUGUGCCGGGAGUGCUAUUCGUUUACAAGUGACAAUGCUUGUCUCUUUCGUUUUACUUUCAUUAUUCUUAUCCAGACGAACAGCAAGUGAGAGUCAAGUAACAUGA